GUGUGACCUGACACGAGCUGUACCGAAGUUGUCACAGUGACACAAAAUGAAAGGAGUCAUAAUGUUAGUAACCUUUGUCGCCAUUUUUUUCGUGCUGUUGGGAGUUGCAUCGGGAGAGCGUGAAAAUACAUGGCUGUUACACUCUAAGGAUGGUCUUACAAGAAGAAGUUUGGCAGAUGUGAUAUUGCAGAGGCCGUUUCUCAGGCGCGCAGAGAGAUCAGCUGGAAGAUUUAAACGUUGGUGGUGGUGUAGCCAAGACCCUCCACUUCCAGGUUGUGAUAGAAAGAUGAAACAAAAAAAUGGUUCACGUGGAAUUAAUUUGAAACAAUCAAAAUCGCAGCUGCUGGACUGAUUCGAAGUAAUUUUCACAACUUCAGUCGAUUCCAUAAACAUUAACACGCCACAAAUGAAGCCAAUUUGUAAAAGUAUAUGAACCGUGUUAUCGUUUUACAAAUUUUAGCCGGAUAUUUUAUUUAUGCUGUCAAAUGAUAUUUAUUGGGCAUAUUGGGUAAAUGUAGAUAUACGUAUGAAGAUAGAUGUUCAAUUUGUAACUAUCAGCCGCUUACAAGACAAGCAGUACGGCUUAGG